AUGCGAACCCAGACGACUUCCGUUCCCUGGGCGUUGCUGCAGAGUGUAGUUGCCUUGGCGUGUGGAUUCUUCUGUCUGUCGGUAAUUCUUCAUUCGUUCGAACUGCUUUUCAGCAACCUGGCGACUGGCGGUGUGAGCAGACCAGCAGCAGCUACUGCUGCUGCUGGCGCUGGAGCUGUUGCUGGUGGUGUCAGCGGCGGUGCUCGUCCUGCGCAGGGCAAAUUGUUGUCAGUGGAGUUCGAGGUGCAUGGCAAGGUGCAGGGCGUCUUCUUCAGAAAGCACACCAAGCAGAACGCCGAGAAGCACGGCCUGACCGGAUGGGUAAGGAACACGAUCUACAACACAGUCGUAGGUACCAUCGAGGGUCCCCAGCAGAACAUCCACACCAUGAAGCAGUGGCUGCGUACGAAAGGAAGCCCCAGGUCGAGAGUUGACCGGUGCAGUUUCAAGAGUGAGCGUACCAUUCACACACGUCGUUACAAAACAUUUGAAAUACAGAAGACAACUUAG